AUGGGGUUAUGCAAGGAAACGCGUGCCAGGAAAAGCAAAGUUUAUAUCACCAUUUGGGUUGAAGAGCAGCAGCAGACGGAAGGAAGGGAAGGAAAGAAGAUGGAUAGUCCCGGAUACAGUUACUAUUACGGUACUCCAGCUGGAAGGUAAGUAGUUUCAUCUCAGGUUUCAAAUUGAUGUCUCUGUACUUACAAAACUACCGUAACCGUUUUUUUAUUUUUUGAAUGUUUUUUUUAUUUUUUUAUAUUGUAACUGCUGCCGUAUUUGCAGAAAUUAGACCUAAAAAGUCUUGAAGCCUGAAUUGUAUCUUUUUUCAGCAGUGGGUCAUCGUCCCCGGGCCAAUCUUCGAAACGACCUCAAACCAUUCAGAAAGCGAUCAAGAAGAAGAAAUCCAGUGAAAAGGAGAAGAUCAGAAAUGAGGAGAUCAAGAAGAAACUGGGGGAGAUCUCCAACAUGAUGCCUCUCCAGAAUACCGAAGGGCUCAGCAGGAUCAGAACAUUACGUCUGGCCAUUAAAUACAUCCAUCAUCUUAACGGAAUUUUGAAUGGGGAAAUGGUAAGGAAUUAAUUUAACGGUACAGCUUUUGUUGAUUAUUUUACUGUACCUGAUUGGUGAUAAAUUCAAUUACAGGUGUAUUGUCCGAUGCAAGGAAUGUAUCGACCUCGGAACUGUAAUGAUUUCCAGCAAGAUGUGGCUGAAGAAAUGCAACGAACUAACUCCUACAAAGAAAGGGCCGAGAUGGAAAUGCAGAUGGGAAUGGGGACCACUUCUCUGAGGGCCAAGAACUCAUCCACCUCGCCUGAGAUGCAUUAA